CACUAGGGGGCGGACCAUCCCGCAGCUGCCCUGUUGUGAUUGGUUGAGACACUCCAAGCCGGGAUAUUUUGAAAACAGGGUGGCUCCUGCUAGUUUUGUGACUGUUUUCCGAAGAGACGUUGGUAGCUUUCAGCCUAAAAGUGUAGAAGAAAAGAUUUUACAAGUUCUUCAUGGAGCAGGAUUCGCGGGAUGCUGCGUGUCCGGGGAACGACGCGUCAGACGUGGUCGUGGUUAAUCUGGACUUUGGUAACGGAGACACGGACAACGGCCCGGCCGAUAAAGGCUACAGCGGGGCGAAUAUAAAUCGAGCCCUCUUUAAAAAUGAGGAGGAGAAGAAAGAUGAAGAUGGUAGUGAUGACGACAGUGGAACAUACUACUAUAACACUGAAGCGUCGGGGACUCGGCUGCAGAGACGUGAGCCACCUUCAGGAGGAAGUUCAAGUCUUCCUGACACGUUCCAGACCAGCCACCUGUUGUUCUAUGAGAGGUUCAAGGCCUACCAGGACUACAUGCUUGGAGACUGUAAGCCUUCAGAGGUGAAGGACUUCACAGCAGACUACCUGGAGAAGACGGUGGAGCCAUGUGACUGGUUGGCUCUUUGGUCUACUGAUAUCUUUGAUGUUCUGGUGGAGGUGCGAGAUGUGGAAGUGAAGGACCUGAAGGCACGUGUGAGGCUGGUGCUGCCUCUGCGGUGUGAUACCAGAGGCUGUGAGCUCAAUGAAGAAGCCAUGACAUCUCUUCUGGAGGCCACUCAGCACAAAGUGCCCCUGCAGGAGCUGCAGGUGGUCUACGAGGAGUCUGGGGACUUUGAUCAGACUGCCCUUGCCCUUGAGCAUGUAAGGUUUUUCUAUAAACACAUCUGGAGGGAGUGGGAUGAGGAAGAGGAGGAUGAUGACUUUGACUACUUUGUCCGCUGUGUGGAACCCCGGAUAAGACUCUACUACGACAUGUUGGAGGACAGAGUCCCAGCAGGCCUGGUGGCAGAGUACCAGUCCUUACUGGAGAAGUGUUCCAAGUGCUUCCAGCAGUUCUCCGCGUUGCGCAGUGGCCUCAGUGCCGACUCGGACUCAGAGCUUGACAACGUGUCCAUGGUAGAGGGCCUGAAGCUCUGUGACCAGCUGGAGACCUUCAAACGCAAGCUGCGCAUCAUUGAGAACCCCCUGCUGAGAUACGUGCUGGCCUAUAAAGGAAAUACGAGGCAGCAGUGUGCGCAGAGCAGAGGACCUCGAGCAUCAGGCGCAAAGGUGGUUCAUGUGGUUACAGCGUCCUGCAGCACCGUUCAGCUGCAGUCCCUGCUUAGUGCCAGACUCAUACCUCUAUGCUCAUCUGAAGACACUGAAAUUCAGUUCCACAGAGAGCCAGUAUCAGCUGUGGAUUCAUGCCAUCAGGGCGACUUGGUGGUUGUUCUCCCAGGAAUGUACAGUGUCAGCAGCUGCAUCUUCAUACCAGACUCCAUCACCAUAGAAGGCUUUGGGUUUCCUGAUGAAGUGGUGAUUGAGAAGAAAAGCAAAGGUGACUCAUUUGUGGAGUCUACAGGCGCUGAUGUCAGACUCUCCAACAUCAAGUUCAUCCAGCAUGAUGCCAUUGAAGGCAUUCUGUGUGUGCGUCAGGGGACUCUGAAUAUGGAGAACUGUGUGCUACAGUGUGACACCACUGGAGUCAUCGUGAGAACAUCUGCCCGUCUCACCAUGAACAUGUGCGACCUGUAUGGCUCCAAGGGGGCAGGUGUGGAGAUUUACCCCGGCAGCGUUUGCAGUCUUGUUGGUAACGGCAUCCAUCAUUGUAAGGAUGGGAUCCUCAUCAAGGACUUUGCUGAUCAGAUGGAUGCAAUGCCUUCCAUCACCAUGGAGAACAAUGUGAUCCACAACAAUGAAGGCUAUGGGGUGAUUCUGGUGAAACCCAAUAGUGGGGAAGAGCCCAGCAUCCCUGUGAGCAGAAGUGAAGAGCACCCUGAUGCACACACACAAGAGGAAAAGCAGGGAGGAUCUUUAGACCAUCACUUGAUCUCCACCUCAUUUUCAACACCACCUGUCAACACCACGUCCACCAGCAAACCCUUGCUACCUCUUUUGGCUGAGUCUGCUAAGAACAGCUCAGACGGUGAUGCGGCUGCGUCCACAGGCAGGAAGUGGCAGUUUAGCCGUCAGCUAAGCAGGAACGUGGAGAUGUCCAGCAAAGCUGUUGAGGAUCUGAAAGACCACCAAAUCUUUGUGUCCUUUCAAGGAAACCAGUUCAAGCGCAACGGCAUGGGCGAUUUUGGCACCUUCUGCUACUAACACUGUGACCUAACAUUGCCUUGCACCCCUCAGCAUUUCUGCCCAGUGUGUAUGAUGACACUAAUCUUUUUGCCAUAAAAUAAAUGUUGCAGGAAUGUGUUGUUCUGAUUCACAUGUGUGGAGCUGUGCACAGGCAGUUCUAAACAUCAGCUCUGAUGUUGCUGAAGUCCAGUGACUGUGGAUGGGCCCUUCCUUUGGAAUUUGCACAAAUUCUUUUAUCUGUUUUAUUCCUCUGAGUUGCUGCUUUUAAAAAAGAAUUUAAAUCCACGUUGUUUUGUUUCUGUUUUAUUCUGAGGUGGUGGCUUGCCGAGUGCUGAGGUUCACACAGAUGCUUUUUAGAAUGAUGAGUUCAGAUUUUCAGAUGUGUAUGACAAAGUUAAUAGUUUAGAAAAGUUUCAUUUGCCAUGUUCUGAAAGUGGAAUAAAAAUUAACUCUACAGUUUAAUAUUUAGAAAGAACCAAGUGUGGUUGAUGAUGCAUUUUGUGAAAUGGAUGAAUAAAAUACAUUUUAAAGUCAUAUUUCCC